AUGGCUGCCGCCGUAGCGAACCAGCCCAAGCACGACUGGGCCGACGACGACGAUAUCGAGGAGACCUCCACCGAUCUCCCCGAGCCUCAGACCAUCUCCAACAAGGAUGGAACAAAGACCAUCAUCACAUUCCGUUACGAUGACGACGGCCGAAAGGUCAAGACCACCCGCCGAAUUCGCUUCACCACCCACACCGAGACCGUAAACCCCCGCGUCGCCGACCGAAAAACCUGGCCCAAGUUCGGCCUCAGCGCAAAGGAUCCCCCCGGCCCUGCCCCCGACACCACCUCCGUCGGCGAGAACAUCAUCUUCCGACCAAGCGUCAACUGGCGAAAGGCCGAGAAGGAUGAGUCCGCCGACGCCAACGCCCAGUCCAUGAAGGACAAGCUCAAGGACAAGCAGGUCAAGUGCCGUAUCUGCAACGGUCAGCAUUUCACUGCCAGAUGUCCCUACAAGGAUACCAUGGCGCCUAUUGGAGAGACUCCCGCCGGGGAUGUUGCUGCUGGUAUGGGAGACGAGCCCGCGGCUGCUGGCGCGGGCGCUGCUGGUAACAAGAAGGGUUCAUAUGUUCCCCCCGCUCUGCGUGGAACUGGAUCAGCUGGCGAGAGAAUGGGGUCAAAGUUCGGCGAGAGGGACGACUUUGCUACACUGCGUGUCACCAACGUCUCCGAGAUGGCAGAGGAGCAAGAACUGCGCGACAUGUUCGAGCGCUUCGGCCGCGUCACCCGAGUAUUCCUUGCCAAGGACCGGGAAACCGGUAUGGCCAAGGGCUUUGCGUUCAUCAGCUUCGCAGACCGGGGCGAUGCCGUCAAGGCCUGUGCGAAGAUGGACGGAUUUGGUUUCAAGCAUCUCAUUCUGCGGGUGGAGUUUGCCAAGAAGGCUGCGUAA